AUCAGAUCCAAUCGUGUGUCCUUUUUGGCAAAGGUUCUUCUAUACUAGUGCCCUAAUUUUGUUCACACCGCAACGCUGACGCUCCGUCGAUCUCUCACGCUUUUCCCAUCUUGGUGCUCUAAUUCGAUCGCCUGAGCACCUCCAAGAACCCCAAUUUCUCAAGGAUCCGUGCGGCCGCGUGUGAUUGAGGCCUGAUCGAACGAUGGAUUCUGGGUUGAGAGUGGCUUGAAGAGCUGCGGCGGCGAAGUUAAGGGAUCCUCUACGGAGGAAAUGAGGGAUGCUCUCAUGGAUAGGGAGGAUUGCGGCGGCGUGCUGGGGCCCGGUCCAGCGGUACGCGCGUAUGAGGAAGGAUGAGGAGGAGGAGGAGGAUGACGCAUUGCUGUGGUCGCGGGACAUCGGGCGGCACGCGGCUGGUGACUUCUCCUUUGCGGUAGUCCAGGCUAACGAGGUCCUCGAGGACCAUAGCCAGAUCGAGAUUGGGAGAGACGCCACAUUUGCGGGGGUUUAUGAUGGCCAUGGCGGGGCCGAUGCAUCUCGCUAUAUCUCGAACCAACUCUUUCUUCAUCUCAUGAGGUAUGCUCAAGAAAGUGGAACAAUUAGCGAGGAUGUAAUUAGGAAUGCAUUUUCUGCAACGGAGGAAGGUUUUCUUGCUCAUGUUAGGACAACACGUGAAAUAAAGCCUCUAAUUGCUGCAACUGGUUCAUGUUGUUUGGUGGGUGUAAUAUGGAGAGGAACACUGUAUUUGGCCAAUCUUGGAGAUUCUCGGGCUGUUGUCGGUUAUUUAGGAAGGUCAAAUAACAUUAUUACUGAGCAGCUGACUCGGGAUCAUAAUGCUAGUAUGGAAGAUGUGAGACAAGAGCUUAAAUUUCUUCAUCCAGACGAUUCAAACAUUGUGGCUCUUAAGCAUGGAGUAUGGAGAAUUAAAGGCAUAAUUCAGGUUUCAAGAACUAUAGGGGAUGCAUACUUGAAGAAGCCAGAAUUUGCUUUGGAUCCAUCCAUUACUCGUUUCCGUCUCACUGAACCUCUGCGCCGGCCAGUUUUAUCUGCAGAGCCAUCAGUAUUUACGCGUACAUUUCUUCCUCAAGAUAAAUUUGUGAUAUUUGCUUCUGAUGGGCUCUGGGAGCAUCUUAGCAAUCAACAAGCUGCUGAAAUUGUCCAUGAUCAUCCAAGAGAAGGUAUAGCAAGAAGACUGAUCAGGACAGCAUUACAGGAGGCUGCUCGGAAGAGAGAAAUGAGGUAUGCUGAUAUCAAGAAAAUCGACAAGGGAAUACGUCGCUUCAUCCAUGAUGACAUUACGGUCAUUGUUAUCUACAUAGAUCACGAGUUUUUGCUAGGACCAAAGGCCUCUGUACCAGAAUUUUCAAUCCAGGGGUUUGCUGAUGCUGUUGGACCUUCAAAAUUUUCAACUCUGGAUGGGACAAAUUAAGAAGCUUGUACGUUUAAUACUACCAUAUUCUGUUAAAUUUAAAAUAAUGUUGUUGCUUUAUUAUAGUUUGCUUUUAUCAUCAAUUGUCUAGUUCAACUUUCUUUGAUUCUCUAUUCCAAGCUAGUAUUAUAAAUGCUCGACUGUAUUGAAAACAUUCCUCUCUUCAACUUAGCUGCUGCUCAUGAGCAGGAAAAUUGAUUGAAA